AUGCUGCUCUCUGUCUCCCGGCUCGUCCACAGAUCGUCUUGCCGUGGCCCUGAGGCCCCUGACUGCCUCGGCCUCCGCUCCCUCCUCGUCGCCGAUGCCGCAGCCCCGGCUGGCCGCGUCGUGACGCGGACGAUGGUGGCGACGCGUGUCCAGGAGACGACGAACCGCGAGGGGGAGUGCAGCGGCGGUUGCAUUGACGAGGAGGAGGGGGGGAAGGAGGACGGCGACGAUGGCAAUGAGGGGUACUGGGUGGCGUACGGGCGUCGGGGACGGAUGCGCCGGCUGCCGCCGCCGCUCCCGUCGCUCCGGGCCGCAUUGAGGCGGACGCGAACCGAGGACGGGAGGCUCGUGAUCACGGAAGCGCCCGCCGGCGCCAGGCCGCCCGAGUACAUCCGCGCACGGCGCUGCGGCGGGCGCCUGACAUUAAUGAAGCUCGUCGAAAGGAAUUACUUCUACCCGUGUCCGGCGCUGGCUGGCCCCUCGCCGGCGCAAGAGGACGAGGACGAGGACGACAUUGUAACCAUGGAAGCGGUGAACGACACCUCGACGGCGGGGGCCGUGGGAGAAGGAGUUCGUCGCCACAGGCAGAAGGCGGCGGCGCCUCCGCCGUUGCCUGGAGUUGGAUGCUUCGAGGACGUGAUCAAAUACCACCCGAUCGAGAGCACCUCACUGCACAGGCUAAGGAUGGUGCAUUAAGAUUAACAGAGUUACAGAUAGGAUAACUUUUUGCUGUUUAAUUCAUACAGGUAGGAUACGAUACGUUGUAAUUUGUAACUAUACAUGUAUAGUACACUAAAAUAUAUACAGUAUGUCAUUAGCUGCACAAACAACAAAGAUUUGUUUGGUGCAUCCGUGCAUGUGCAGUUGGGGAUAGCAA